UGUAGCAUUUCCUCAUGUAGUAUAUACCUUAUGCCAGCAUCAUUACUAGUGUAUGGUGGGGUUACCGUACGGGGUCUGCUUAUCUCUGUUAUCUCUUGACAUCCCUGACCUUCUCCGUUUCCAAUUCCUCCAAUUCCCUCCCUAUGCAGCGCAUCCAUCUCGUUGACACCCGGAAACGUCAAUCUCCAUUGACCAGUCGUUAUUGUUUACAAGUCACAACUGCAAUUUACAAAGCAUGGCCACUGCCGCCAGAUCACCCCCAGCCGGCGUCACCGAAGCUCCUCCCGCCAGGAGAACUUCACUCAGCGGCCGCGUUCGCUCAGGAUGCAUUACCUGCAAGUCUCGAAAGAAGAAAUGCGAUGAGCGGUACAGUGGAGAUCCCAGUUGCUGCGAGAGCUGUUCACGGCUAGGAUUGAUCUGCGAGCGUGAGGCUUUACGCAAAGUCCCUCCUCGACCUUCACGACGACGGAAACCGCCCUCCACGGUGCCACCACCAGCAGAAGGCAAUACUCACCUCCCUCCGCAGACAGCCCUCCCAAUCGCCGACUCAGUACAACCGCAUCCCUUCAUGUCCAUAUACUCGUCUAAGAAAACAUCCACAGAACGCUUAUUACUUAAAUACUAUGUCGGAAAGCUCGCGGCGCUCUGCUCAAUCGUCCCAGGAGAGAGCAACGGUUUUGUCACCGUCUUGUUGCCAAUGGCUAUGGAUGAUUUGGCUUUGUUAUACGCCCUGUUUACAUAUGCAUCUGUCCACUUGAGUAUUACCGCGCAUCAAACGGCUGUCUCGGCCACCGCACAAUUGGAGUACCAGAGCGAGGCAGCUCGCACACUGUCAGAGGAUAUCGGAAGAAAUACCGUGUCCGACAGCUCAAUCGCGUGUGCAUUGAUUUGCUGCGCGGCAGAUUUCACUAACGGUGACACCGAACGGUGGAUUCUUCACCUUCGCGGAGCAGGCCAGCUUAUCAGCAUGAGAGGUGGCGCAGAACGUCUCGGUCAAACAAGCGAUGGACGAUUUCUCUUGCGUAAUUUCGCAUAUCAUGACAUUUUAUCAGCCGUCAGUAGUGGUGGCAGGCCUCAUAUGAAUGGGGUGUAUUGGAAUAGAGACAGUGAGCCUUCGAUGGAUGCUUUGAUGGGUAUUGCAGACGGGCUAUUCGGCCUGAUCAGUGAAGUCUGCACUUUGAUUGCCGAUGUCAAGGACAGUCUACUCUCCGAAGAUCUUACAUGCGAUCAUAUAUCGCGCGGUGAGACUCUCGCACAUAGGCUGCGCGUCCAGUUAUGCACACCUCCAACACCGUCCGCUGGGGCUGACUGGUUAACUUUAUCCUACCACGCUGAAGCCUAUCGGUAUGCAAGUUUGCUGCUUCUUUAUCACCUCAUGAGUGACUUGUCACCCGUGUAUCUCCUAGAAAUUUCUGAAUGCGUGGAGAAGAUAGUUUAUUACGCGUCUGUAAUCCCGCCUGACUCCACUGCGGAUGCUGGCCUGGUGUUUCCAUUGUUCAUGGCAGGCGUCGGGGCUGUGUUUGGAGGGCCAAUUGAUUUUAUUCGGGAACGUCUGAAUAGUAUAUACAAUCGGACGAAGUUUGGACACAUCGCUAAGGUGCUCGAGUUACUUGAGAACAUGUGGAGCAUGGGUAGAACAGACUGGGUUGUCCUGUUAGACGAGCUUGGCUGGAAGAUCUCGUUGGCUUAAAGACGUGCAACGGAUCCUGGUCGUGUCAUGUACCGCAGCAAAGUUGUGUUUGGUAUUCAUUUGCUAGCAAUGUUUAUGUUACCGAGGUCAAGAUACCUAGUAUAUCUGCAGCGUUUGACUCUAGCUGAACCCACCGGGGCCAAUGCUUUUGCUGUGCCAUAAGGCUCCUCUCAUCUAUAUGAGCGUUUCAGGAAACGCCAGACUCGACCAUUUUUCAAUAACACAGACUUGUGGUAUUUUAUAGGCCAAAGCCAUAAUGGUCCUCCAACCUUGCAACUCUCAUAACUCUGUCUUCACACCCUCCCUUACCACUUGUUCAUUCGGGCGUGGUGCCCGGUUAUGCGUCUUCCUCUCGACAUACCCGUCAACCGGAUACAAUGGCUUUCCGACCAUCAGGCC